AGUCAAUAUAUUAAUCUAUAUCAACAUGAGUAGUCUAUUUACACUCGAUGUUGACCAGGAAGAGAAACUCGCGAAAGAGCUGAAGACCAUAUGCAGAAACUCAAUAAAUGAAAUUAAAGUGAAAAUUGAUAUAGCAAAAUCAUCUGUCAAAAAUGAAAGGAAGGAUAGAGGAAUCCCAUCAAUUAAGGCAAAAUUAAUGAAGUAUAAAGUUGGUAUAAUUAAUAUAAGUAACAAAGGAAGAGAGUCAAUGCGAGUAAUUGAAAAUCACCUAAGUAAGAAGAAAGAGUAUAUAAUGAGAGAAGAAGAAUUAAUAAAGAACAAUACAUCGAAAAAGAACCUAGAGGAGUUCAAACAAUUCAUAGAAGAAUUGAUCAAAAAAGUUGAAAAAUUCUCAAAAAACAAGAAAAAGGAUUUAAUUGAAAAUUUUUAA